GUGGUGCCGCGUUUCCGGGGGAAGGCGGUGGUGCGCUGCGCUUCCCGCCGCUAUGGCGGUCUCGUUGUUCCUCCGGGCCUCGCGGCGGCUGCUCGCCCUGCCCGGGGCUGCGGCCCAGCGGGGGGCGGUGACCUUCGUGCAGCCCCGCCAGAAGAAGAGGUGGCUCCGCGCGUACCUGGAGCAGCAGCGGCUGGAGGAGGCUCCGCGACGGCGAUCGGAGAAGCCCAACUGGGAUUACCAUGCAGAGAUACAGGCUUUUAGUCACCGGCUACACGAGAAUUUUUCGCUGGAUCUGCUCAAGACUGCAUUUGUUAAUUCGUGUUACAUUGAAAGCGAAGAGGCAAGACGCCGAGAACUCGGGAUAGACAAAGAAAUGGUUGCGCUUAAUCUACAGGAUAACAGUAAACUUGCUGAGCAGGGGGUGUCUUUUUCACGCUCUUACCUGACAAGAUGCUUUGAAGGUGCCUACCCAGAUUUACCUGCACAGGGAGUAGGAGCACUUGUUGAUUUUCUCACUGGCCAAGAACUUGUUUCUUACGUGGCUCGAAACCUGUCUAUACAGGACCUGACGCUUUGCAAAGAGUUUCCCGUCCCACCAGCUGUGCUGCAGAGGACAUUCUUUGCUGUGAUAGGAGCACUGCUUGGAAGCAGCGGGCCUGAGAAAACAGGGAUCUUUGUUAGGGAUUUUUUCUUUCCUGAACUGAUUGGAAAAGACCUGUUUGAGAUCUGGGAAGUUGUAAACCCUAUGGGCUUACUAGUGGAAGAACUGACCAAGAGGAACAUCUCUCCUCCAGAACCAAGAAUCACCAGGCAGCUGGGAGUCAGCACAGUUCUGCCGCUGUACUUUGUUGGGCUGUACUGCGAUAAGAAGAUCAUCGCUGAAGGUCCUGGUGAAACACUGCUUGCUGCAGAGGAAGAAGCUGCCCGUGUGGCACUGCGGAAGCUCUAUGGGUAUACGGAGAACAGGAGACCUUGGGAUUACUCAAAAUCCAAACAAGGAUUGGCAGUUGAAAAGGCUAUCAGCAGUAACUAGAUAAUAAAAGACAUUUCUGAUUUCUCUUAAGAAUUAAUGGUUUCCAUGCUGAGUAGACAUGUAUUUAGGAAAGCAAAAUUCACUUCGGUUUUCUGAUCUUAAGUGUUUGAAAUUUUAAAAUCAAAUAUGGUAUUAAAAUAAAUAAAGUCUUUUGUGUGAUGUUUAAUAUUUGCUCAUAACAAAAGCACCUUUUUUUCUGAAGGCUGAGCUUUUCCAUAUGUCACAGGAGGCUGUUAAUAAUGUGUGACAGAGUCUCACUGUAUAGGAAAAAGUUUCACAAGUGCUUCCUUGGGGACCGUUAAUAAGAUGAGUUGAAUUACAUACACAAUAUAAAUCCUUGGAUUGCAGCUGGGUUCAUUUGCCCUUCACCUUGUGAAAACACAAAAUGUGCUUUCGAUGAUAUUGAUGCUGUUGGUGGUCCCAUUUAAAAUAAAAGUGGGAAUGGCACUUUGGAGGUCUCUCUGCUUGCAUACAGAUUUUAUUCGCCAUACACAUUGGAUUCUGUUGUUGGAGCACGCUCUGAAAGGGGUGUUGUUUUUAAAAUCUGUAAAAAGGAAAAUAAGGGCAGUGAAGGCCUUUCCCAAAGAAAUGGGAGAACAUUGUUUAAUGCUAGGCUCUAAGAUAAGCUGUAGACUUCUCUU